GGCAAACGCUCGGUCUAGAUAUACUAUGUCUAUGUGUCAGCCUUUUCACUGUCAUAUCUACAAUCGUAUGCAGAUUUUGAUUGACAUAUGCUAUGAACUAUGAAUGUUGAACACAAUCGAGCGUAAAAUAAAUCUUGAUGAAGUGAGAUAAAUGAGAUAAUCAAAUGAUAACCAAUGUGAAAUGCGUAUUAUAAAUUAUGACAUUGAUGGAGAUUAAAGAUGUUCUUGCAUUAACCGCUUCAAUUUUUACGGUUUUACAAUUUCUGGCCGGCGUCAUAGUGUGCAAGAAGUAUAUUAGAAAUGGUACAACUGGAGAUAGCUCGUGUUUGGCCUUUAUCACAUGUUUUAUGUCUUGUAGCUUGUGGUUGCGAUAUGGAAUACUUAUUGGAGAUUUGUUUAUUGUAUCUGUAAAUAUCUUUGGGACAGUAUUACAAAUAUGCUAUAUGAUAAUUUACAUCAUGUAUAGUGUAAAAGGAUCGACUAUUGUUAAGCAGUUUAUGAUAGCAAUAUGCUUUGUUUUACUUAUAUAUCUCUACAGUAUUUAUCAAGAGGAUAAAGUUUUGGCUGCAAAACAUGUAGGAUUUCUUAGUUGCAGUCUGACGGUAUUAUUUUUUGCAUCACCAUUGAUUUCACUUGUACAUGUAAUAAGAGUAAAAAGCACAGAGAGUUUGCCAUUUCCAGUCAUAAUGGCUUCUAUGAUAGUAUCCUGUCAAUGGUUUGCAUAUGGAUGUCUACUCGGUGACCAAUUUAUACAAAUACCAAAUUUUAUGGGCUGUGUAUUGUCAGGUUUUCAACUUUCUUUGUUUUUGAUUUAUCCAAGUAAACGAACGUUAGAUCAAGCCUAUUUUAUAUAAAAAUAUUUAUUAUAAUUUCUAUAUAAUAAAUAUAAUAAAUAAUUAUUAUAGUUUCUAUAAUAAAUAUUCUAUAGUUUUUAUUAUACUUUGAAAAUUAAUAAUAUUAAUAUGACAAUGCUGUGUAAAAAUACUAUCAGUUAUAAGUCAAUAACUUUUCUUAUAUAAGAUUGUAUGUAUCUUUAUUUUAUUUUAUUGCAAAUUCAUUGUAAGCUCAUAUCUGUUACAUUACACAUAAGUAAAUUUUACUUUAUAUAUUUGUAUAGUAAAUCCUAUAUAUAUUUAUAUAGUAAAUCCUUAAAUUUGACUUUGUUAAUUUUGAUAUCUUUUCAAAUACUAAUAAUGUUUUCGAUUGCAGUAGGUUUGAUCGCUUUAAGGGCAAUUAAAUUCAAUUCUCUUGAUAGUUAAAUUCAAUUUGUAAUGAAUUUUUUUUGAAAUUUGUUAUAUUAAUUGGAAUCGUGUUUUGAAUCUAAGUUAAAUUUUAAUUAUAACACAAAAACUGUAAUAUAAUAGUGAAUCAAUAUCACUUAACAUUCGCUCUUAUAGAGUUUUUAGUUUCAUCAGAUAUUUCUGAUGCAAUGGUAUAAAAAAUAUAAAGCUAAGACAAUACAUAUGCAAUUGAAAAAAAAGAAAAUAUCUUGUGUAGAACUAUUUAUA